AUGGCGUACACACCACGAGACACGACCCAUUGGACCACGGACUCGUUCUUGGCGUAUUUGACGUCGACGACGCCGGUGUUUGUCGCGGACGUGUUGGCACAGCUCCAUGCACUUCCUGUCAAGUUCGAUGAUGCGUGGCAGAUCGAUCAUGUCUGCUAUCGGUGUGACUCGGACGACGAAUACACGCACUUGACCAAGACCGUUCUGCCUCAAUUGGGACACGAACUUGUGGAAUCGAUGGUGGGAGGUCGACAGAUCGCAACGUUCAAACUGUCGAUGCCAAUUGGUUUGUCCCAUCGACCGAACGCAUCGGUGGAUGUGCUCGAAGUGCCGUCGCCGAAGCGUGGAAGCCCAUACGACAGCGGCCUCGAGCACUUUGAAGUGGUCGUGCCGUACAACUUGGACACGUUCUUAGCGGACAAUUCGGCCACCCAUACCGCUUGGGACUUGAAAGGCAUGACAAAACCGAUCAACCGCGAUGUUCGCGUACCACUUGGCCCGUACAGCGUCAAAUUCCACGAACAAACCCUCGAACGCGUGAUCCAGUUAGAGUCGGCGGACGGCAUUGCCCAAAGCUAG